AUGCGUUGCUCUGUAUAUCGACUUAGGUAUUCAUUAGGAAAUCAGCUGUGGGCCCCAUUCCUUCACAAUGAUGUUUGUACCCAGACUGAUGUGGAAGAAUUGCCAACAAUCAAGCUGCUCUCUGAGACCACUGCGCAACUCACGACGAGUAUGGAGAUCCUCAGGAAAGAGUUAAUGAGUAAAGUAAAGUUUAUACUGGCUCAGAAUGAGGCCAGACUACAACAAGAGGCCGAAUCUCUCUACGAAAAAAUUUGCAGCAAGCUAAAGAGCUUGGAGCAUCACCACAAGGAGAAAGUGUCUGUUCUGCGAGCAAGUUACAAACAACAGCUUUCACAAGCUAUACAAGUGGUCAGAGCCAACUAUAUGAGGGAUAAAGGAGAAACGGUGGAGGUCACCCAGAGCGAGAAGAUUAGAACGAGGGACAUGGUGGGCGAGAUUCAGGAGAAGGAUCUGCAGAUCGAGUCUCUGAUGGAACAGAUAAAAGAGUAUGAGGAGAAAUUACUCACCCAGAACAACUCAGAGGGAGAAGAGGAUGCUGAAAAAGAAUGGCUGAGGGAAGAGAAUAGGAGACUGAAAGAUAAAAUCGACUCUCUUCACGUCGAGAUGGAUCAGAUCCACUUAGACCUGGACAGCAAAGAGGCUGAGUUGGAGGACUUAGCUCUGAAUGUACAGCAGCUGAAAUCAAAGGCUGAGGAGGAUAAAAAGGCCUUUCAAAAGUUAACCAAUGACAGUGAUCUCCUGAAAGCACAGCUUCAUCUCGAGAGGGAGAGUGGUAAGAAAAAGAUAAAAGAACUGCAGCAAAAAAUGGAGAAGGAAAUUGAAAGCAUUGAGAAAUCCCACAAGAGCGAGCAACUAGCGGUGGAAAAGAAGUAUAAGGAGCAAAGACAAGCAGAGAAAGAAAGACAGAAAGAGGUGGUUCUCGCACAAGAGGCCGCUAUGAAAGCGCAGGCGGCCACAGGGAGAGAGCAAUUAAGCGAAGAGACGGAUUUGCUGCAAAAGCUGCACGAGUUAAGAAACACAGAGACCGUGCAGAAAAAGCUAAUCAUAAGGCUUGAAAAGAAGUUGGACCUUACCAAUCAGAUGUGGGAGAAGAAGUUUGAGAUUUUGAGGGAGAGUUUCCACACCAUCAAGGACGAGAUGUUUCUUCGGCACAUGUUACAGAGACAAGCAGCCAUGCUCCAUCAAGCCUCUGUCAGUUAUACACCCGGCAUAGGUGCAGGAGGGCCCCAAAAGACCGACAAGUCUGUUGGGACUACGCGUGUCCGUGCCCUGAGCCAGAGAGGCACACGUGAACUCCCGCGUCCAGAAUCCCGUUUGGAGGCAGAAGCUGAGACUGAUGAAGACUUGGGUGCGAUUCUUCCUCUGUCCCUUCCACUUCCUUCAAACAGGCAAAACCCUGCUUCUGCAGUUCUCAACACCAAUGAGUCUCCACAGUGA